CCCAUAUUGGUGAAGCGAUAUUAUGACGUUUACAUCACGGACGGAUCAUGGUCCUCACUCAGACCAUCCCUGAUGAGGAUCGCCCGGAGUGACGGAGUUGUGGAGAUUUGGGACUUGAUCAUACAGAAUCACGCUCCUGCGACCACCAUCGUAGUCUCUGGCCGGGUGAUCACAAACAUUUCACCACCCCUACUGCCUGAAGUAAGAGGACUGCUAGGAGUGGCUGAUUACAAUUCUGCUUUCUGUCUCUUCUACAUCCCUCAACAGUUCAGAAUGUGGACAGAAAAUGAGCUCGAUAGACUCACAAAAUUCAUCAGCCGUGAACCCGAGAGGAGAAAGAAAAUGAAAGAAUGGUCAAAGUGGUGGAGGGAAAACAAUGUGAACUUGGAUCGAGAAGAGAGAAAACAGGCCGAGGAGCAAAAGAAACUUGACGAAGAAGUGAGACUUGAAAAGGAGAAACAGGAAGAGGCUAGGAAGAAAUACAAUGAAGAAGUCUACAAGUGGUAUAUGAGGAGAAGAGGAAAAGCGUUCAUGAGAGUUGAAGAGGCCGAUGACAAAUGGAGAGAGAAACAAGAAGAACAUAUGCAUGAGAUGGUAAUGGCCAAAAAGAAGAUCGACCGAGCUGAAAUGGAGCUUCUUAUGAGACCGAUUGUUCGAGAGGAGAAGAAUGAAGCUCUAAAACACGCAAAGGCUCAAGAGAAGCUUAAGCAGGCUGACACAAUCUUUAAACAAACCGUUGAACUUAUCUUUCCUAAAGCUUCCAAGGUUAUCGAAGUUAAAUCUGAAGAACAAGAUACGCUUAGUGAACAGGUCUCGAAACUUGUGGAUUACUAUUUUGGGGACAAUUUUGAUCAGCUAGCGGCAGAACAAGCAGAGUUCGUAGAAAGAAGCCCUUGGCAGUUUGAGUUUGAAUGGUCGGAACUGCUGGAGAAGUACAACGCAUUGAGGAUGCUCUUUAACGAUAGACGUCGUAAAAGAAGUAAAACUUUGAGAUGGUUGAGGAAAAAGCUUAGAGAAGAACUGUUAAAAGAAGGAAGGAAAGUUCACGUCAGAAAAAGCCACAUGGCUCGAUAUCCCAAGAGGAAAAUCAGAAGGAGACAAGAAAACUUGGCGUGGCUGCAACAUACAUAUGGGGACGACUAUAACAUCUACUGGGACAAACACAUACCCUGUAGAAGAUUUAUGGAUCGCAAGUUCCGGUUGACUUCGGUGGAUGACAUCGAUGGUUCAUUCUUGGGAGAACUUUCAGAGCCUGACGUUGAGGAUGAAGAGUUGCCUCAAAUCUUUGAGGAAGGCAAGGUCUUGAGCAGUUUAGAAAUGAUAACUGAAAUCGGCAUUGAAAAUAUUCCAGAAGAAACUUUUGCUGCGGAUUUGGACACCGCUUUGUUGACUUUGGAGAGCCGAUCUUCGUUGGGAGUGAAGACUAUACCUUCGCUGUUUUCAAAAUCUAGAAAAUCACAAGAAUCGUUAGGAGCUGAGAUGUCUUCGGCUGUGACUGCUGAAAAAGAUUCUGAACACCUAACAGUACCUGGCAUGCAGUCACCGCAAGAAGAUUCUGAUUUCAGUGGAGAAUUUGAAGAUCUUGACGAAACCUCUUCACUUGUCGAUAAUCUACAGCAAGAGUUAGACUACAUACGACAGCCGAAGAAGACAAACACUGUCAAGGAAAAGAGAACGUACACUACUCAAAAACAAGGUGUUUCUCAGGGAGUGAAAGUCAGGUUCGAGGAAUCCUCUUCGGAAGAUUUGCUUGCUGACUCAGUUGACGGUGACAGUGAAGUUGAAAGGAUAGUAAGUGCAGCAGAGGUUUUGGUUGAAGAGGAAGAGAAAGAUCAAGUGGAAGAUGACGAUAAUGAAGAGUUGAGUACAGACAUUGGAAAACCUGAUGAAGAGAUUUGAAGUAAACCUGUGUGGCAAUGAAG